AUGGGGUUCGUUCUUCGGGGAGUCGCUAUUCUUUUUCUUGUGGGAUCCAUCUCCGUACCAUUCGUUUCCGCUGCUGAGCCGUACCUAGUGACCAAAGCCAAGCAGCUUCGCGGCAUUUCCGACGCCGCGCAAGCGGAUCUCGACGCCGCCAAUGCCAUUCUUCAGCAGCGGCUCGCGGAAGAAGCGCCUUUCGCACAAAAGGCGGCGGCUGCGGAUGCGGAAGUCGCCGCCGCAACGACGGAGCUCAACAAUAAGCGCACUGAGCUCGAGGCUGCGAAAGUGGAGCAGGAGACGGCGCGUCAGGCGCUGAUUCAGGCGAAGCAGAAUUCGCGCGACGAGCGUUCGUACUACGACGAUCUCGAGUCGCAGGCUGAAGAGGCAAUCUUCGAAGAGAGCGAAUCAGCUAAGGACGUUCUCGACGCUAUUUCCCGCCAGAACACCACCGCGGUCGUGCUAUCCGAGCAGCAGAAAAUCUCGACGGAGGCUUACAACGACGCUGUCGCCGCGGCUCGGUCAGCGGCUCGCCUCCAAACCCCAGAGGCCAAGGCGCUUCAGACGGAAUUGUAUAACGUCAAGCUGCAGGCGGAUCGUAUCCUUGGAGCCGUGAAGAAGCAAUCCGACCGCGCUCUUCAGCGAGUGUCAGAGAGGCAGACGGAAAGCGAGAAGGCCAACAAGGACAAGACCGACACUCGCGGCGCGGCGGACAAUCAGAAGGUGGUCAAGGAAAAGGCGGAGAAGGACGAGGCCGAUUCGAACGUGUUUUUCACCAAGGCGAUCGGAAAGACGAAGAACUUGGAUACCGCGGUGAAAACGGCGGGGCAGAAUUACAAUGCGAAGGUGAAGGCGCAGCGGGACGCGAAAUUGGCGCUGGCGCCCAAGGCUAAUGCGCGCGCCGCGCAGGAGCGCGUGGUGGCGGUGAAGAAGUCGCGCGCGGACGUGGCGAAAGGGAACGCGGAUAACUCGGAGAAGGAAGCUAAGGCGAAAGCAUAUGGGUGGACGCAUUAG